AGGCAAAACGUUACUCUAAUUCAGGAACAUGAUGACAUAAUUGUUUUUAUAGUGUAAGUUUAUUCAGGUACAUGCACACAUAAAUAGUUACAUAAAUUAUCAUACAUAGCAGCAUAUGUGUAGAUUACCUAGGAUGACCCAAAAAAGUCAAAGUGACUUAUUUCCAUUGGGGUCCUUGUAUUUCCAUUGGGGUCCUUGUAUUUCCAUUGGAGUCCUUGUAUUUCCAUUGGGGUCCUUGUAUUUCUAUUGGAGUCCUUGUAUUUCCAUUGGGGUCCUUGUAUUUCCACUCAGGUCCUUGUAUUUCCAUUCAGGUCCUUGUAUAUUCACCGGGGUCCUUGGAGCCAGUGUAAGAGGCGGAGAGUUGCAGCAGAUGUUAGACGUGGUCACAAGUGGGCGAGACCCACUAAUGGCCAGAGGUUAGCAAUAGAGUUAUGAAAAACAGAUUCCUGCUUGCAUGAGCAGUAGGUAUCCCACCUCUCUACAGAGGAAUUUUAACCUGGUAUUUUUAUUCACUGUAUUGUUCACUAUAAGCUUACCUAACAUACCUUAAUCAAAAGAUAUUCCUGGAUAUUUGUCUGAAGUUACUGAGAAUGAGGUACAGGCAGACACUUAAGACGUUAAUCAAGAAACAUUUCCGUCAUAGGACCUUGAGCACUUCUUCUAUAUACGGGUUGGGAAACACAGGUUUAGUCUGCCCGAAAUGCCUCGGCAUGAUAGUGGCUUUCUUUGCACUUGCAAAUCAGUAUUGUAAUUAAACAUUGUAAAUUAUGCAUGGAAAUAGACUCAUUAUAACAUGUCAGUCACACAUUGUAAAUUUUGCAAAGAAAUAAAAAUUCGAAUUUGAAUUUGAAUAAGCAAUGAGACGAACGAAUAGAUGGGCUGGUGAGAGGUUAGGUGAGGUGCUGCAGUGAGGGGUGUGGUAAGAUCACCUGACGGCUGGACUACUACACACACGUACAUACAACACCUGCAGUAUACACUAUCCACAUGUAUACCAAACACCUAAUACAACGUACACCAAACCCCUAAUACAAAGUAUACCCAAUACCUUCAGACAGGUACGCACCACACCUCCAGCCACCUACAUUCAACAUUUGCAGUCUACACUGCCAUUCCUAGUGGCUUGGUGAGUAAUGCGAUAACAACAUCUUAGUGUGAUAUCGCUGCUGAUAAUGAAGAUAAGUGUGGCCUACGUCACCAUAACUGUCAGUGUGUCCAGCUCAGUCCUGCUUCACCCUGCCUGUUACUCCUGCAGAAGUCUGCCUUGGUUAAUCCCGAAGGACGAGGUCUUCCUGCUACAGCAGUCAGUACUUCCAUGAAGCCUCAAACUGUUCCUCUAUCGCCCGUUUGAAUGCUACUGUUGCUGCAUAAAAAUGAGAAACGUUCAAUGUUUAUUGUUGGAGUAACUGCCUACUGCAGAAGCUAAAGCUGGACUUUAAAAAGUGACUGAGUUGGUUAAAUCUCCUUAAAUAACAAUUGUCACUCAGAAGUUCCUUUAAAGACUUGUGUGUUGGUGAUUUAUGUAGACCGUCAAGACUAGUGUUACAUUUCCAGUCGAAUAUAUCCAAAAAAAAAAGUAAUUUUGAAAACGCUGUGAAUUAAAGAUAUAUAUGCAGAAGUGUGAUAAGGGUGUAGAUGCGGGGUGUAUAGGACGUCAAGCCCCUGGAAUAGUCCCCAACAACCCAGUCCACACUCGACCGACCACUCUACACCACUCACUUCAACAGAAUCCUACUGCUCGCCCUAACACCUACUCGGCAAUCACACCUUGACAACCACACACCACAAACAUGUCUUUUGCUUGGCUCUGGAAGAAACUCAAAGGAGAUGAGAGGGAGGAGGUUGUGGAAAACAGCGAGCAGCGUAGAGAGAGACAACGUCCCCGGCUACCACACCAAGGUAGUGAGGGUGCCAAUACUCGCGCGCAGCGAAGUCGGUCGGUGCUAGAGCCCUCCACGACCCAGGAACUGGCCCUGGUGCCUCAGAGGAGUGCCGACGACUCCUGCACCUUCAGGGACUCUCACGGGAGGCACGACAACUACAUCCUCACCAGGAGUGCCAUGGCAAUUCCCUCAUUGCUACCUGACAACACCUCGGCAGUCGACCAGGAUGGCACUACCCAGUCUUCAUUGACAACUAACGAUGCCAUCUCUUCCUGCACUACGGUCUCGGGUUCACCAGGGUGCUCCAGUGUGUGUGGACUGGCUACCGGCAGGAUGGUAGUUGCUCUUCACGACUACCAGGGACGCACUGACCAAGACCUCACCUUCCGCACCCACGAACACCUGGAAGUGUUGGAUGAGACGUCAGAAGACUGGUGGCUGGCCAGGAGUCAUCUCACAGGACUAGAGGGAUACAUCCCAUCUAACUACGUCGCCAGACUCCAGAGCAUCGAUGCUGAACCGUGGUACUUCGGAGACAUCAAGCGAGGGGACUGUGAGAGACGACUACUCUCCAACCUUAACGACCACGGAGCCUUCCUUAUCCGUAACUCUGAGUCCAGGAGGAACGAGUUCUCUCUCUCAGUUCGUGACGGAGAGAAGGUGUGGCCCCUACAGGGCAAGAUGAACCCGCAAGACUUCCUGAAGGAGGCCCAGUUGCUGAAGAGUCUCCGUCACCCCAAGUUGCUGCAGUUGUACGCCGUCUCCAGCCGGGAGGAACCCAUCCUCAUUAUUACGGAACUCAUGUGCAACGGCUCACUCCUAGACUAUCUCAGAGGUCGUGAGGGUCGUCUUCCCCUGACGGAUCAGGUGUACAUAGGUGCCCAGGUGGCGUGUGGCAUGGAGUACCUGGAGAACCUGAACUUCAUCCACCGCGACCUGGCUGCCAGGAACGUCCUCGUGGGGCAAGACCACAUCGUCAAGGUCGCAGACUUCGGGCUUUCACGAUUCUUGCUGGAGGACGAGUACAACGCCCAGGAAGGCACCAGGUUCCCCAUCAAGUGGACAGCACCAGAGGCUCUCAACUUUAACAAGUUUACCACUAAGUCUGAUGUCUGGUCCUUCGGUGUUUUGCUGAUGGAGAUUGUUACCUUCGGCGCCACACCAUAUCCAGGUAUGACGAACGUGGAGGUGGCGCAGCAGGUGCAGCAGGGAUAUAGGAUGCCCCAGCCCAAGAGCUGCCCACAUCAGCUCUACAACAUCAUGCUGCAGUGCUGGGCCCACGACCCUCACAAACGACCCACCUUUGAGACCCUCCACUGGAAACUGGACGAUUUCUUUACCUUAGAAGACUCCGACUACCGUGACCUGGUGCAGUAGUCAGUCCUCAGUGAUAGCAUCCUAAGUACGACUACCGUGACCUGGUGCAGUAGUCAGUCCUCAGUGAUAGCAUCCUAAGUACGACUACCGUGACCUGGUGAAGUAGCCAGUCUUCAGAGUGAUAACACCCUAGGUACGACUACCGUGACCUGUUGAAGUAGUCCGUCUUCAGUGAUAGCAUCCUAAGUACGACUACCGUGACCUGGUGAAGUAGUCCGUCUUCAGUGAUAGCAUCCUAAGUACGACUACCGUGACCUGGUGAAGUAGUCCGUCUUCAGUGAUAGCAUCCUAAGUACGACUACCGUGACCUGUUGAAGUAGUCCGUCUUCAGUGAUAGCAUCCUAAGUACGACUACCGUGACCUGUUGAAGUAGUCCGUCUUCAGUGAUAGAAUCCUAAGUACGACUACCGUGACCUGGUGCAGUAGUCAGUCCUCAGUGAUAGCAUCCUAAGUACGACUACCGUGACCUGUUGAAGUAGUCCGUCUUCAGUGAUAGCAUCCUAAGUACGACUGCCGUGACCUGGUGAAGUAGUCAGUCCUCAGUGAUAGCAUCCUAAGUACGACUGCCGUGACCUGGUGAAGUAGUCCGUCUUCAGUGAUAGCAUCCUAAGUACGACUACCGUGACCUGGUGCAGUAGUCAGUCCUCAGUGAUAGCAUCCUAAGUACGACUACCGUGACCUGGUGAAGUAGUCCGUCUUCAGUGAUAGCAUCCUAAGUACGACUACCGUGACCUGGUGCAGUAGUCAGUCCUCAGUGAUAGCAUCCUAAGUACGACUACCGUGACCUGGUGAAGUAGUCGUCUCCUUCCUCCACACACACGCCAUCAGUCCAUAUUCUUUCCUUUAUGGGGAUAAAAAAACAAGAGAUUAUAAUUCCCAUGUAACAGUAACUGUAGCCUUGCUGGAACGAUAGUUUUAAGGGCUCUAGUUACUAGUAGUUACUGAACCCAGAGUGCCAUUCAUAACAUAUCCUCAUUACUCUGCUACAAUAUUCCAGCACUGGCUAGCUAGAGUAUACCUGGAUACCUGGAGUAUACCUAGAGGGUGUUCCAGGGGUCAGUGCCCCCGCGGACCAGUGCAUGACCAGGCCUCGCGGUGGAACAGGGUCUGAUCAGCACCAACACCAGUGCAAGUUUCUGUCUCUGACAACUGCUGCAACACCAGUGCAAGUUUCUGUCUCUGACAACUGGUGCAACACCAACACCAGUGCAAGUUUCUGUCUCUGACAACUGCUGCAACACCAGUGCAAGUUUCUGUCUCUGACAACUGCUGCAACACCAACACCAGUGCAAGUUUCUGUCUCUGACAACUGCUGCAACACCAACAC